AUGGUAAUUCUGUUUAAGAAUGAACUCAAAGCUAUGUAUUUUGAGCAGACGGCUAUGGAACUUCGCCGCACGGAAGAAUACCGCUAUAAAUGGUCCGGAUGCUGUGAUCCGCCAUUCGCAAAAUGGAAGCCAGGCGCGCCGGUGUUGACGGAUCGAGGCUCUAUCAUUGACUUCUUCAACAAGGAAGUCAUGUUAUAUAUUGAUGUGGAUGUGAUGCGCAGGCCGACAGAAGAAUUCUACUUCCCACUUCUAGGGCGAUAUCUUUACCGGACUUGGUUUCGACAACAUGACGGUCGACCGCCAUUCCAAAGGGGCGGGUUUAUCGUCAAGCCCAUGCUACUGCGGGAGCCGUUGCGGACGGACCUAGUCCAACUAUCGACAUAUCACACUGAGCUUUCGAAAUUUCUUUCCCAGUCUCUUGAUGAUCUUGUCGCGUUCGAUUGCUACCAUCAGCCUGAAGACACUUGGCCAUCGCUAUGUCCACCAACCCAGUCCUUCCGUGACCAUGGUUACUUCAUGCAUCCCUUGUUCAAAGCCUUGUACGUGGUUUACGACGAUCAAUUUGAUGAUCAUGACCAUUUGGAUGAACCGAUGGAACGAGGAGAGUACGAGACAAUCGACGACUACAGACAGCGGUUCAUUGGCUGGAAGAAGUCAAACGAGAGUGUCUUGCUUGUGAGGACGGGGAACGAUUCCCAUCUCUCCUCCCCAAACAGCUUUCUCCCGCUCUUCCAAUCUGGUCUGGCAUUUGACGUUAACCGCCCUGAUUAUCAAGAUGAGCCAGAACCAACAGUCGUCCGAGUCAAACUAGAGACGGCGCUUCAAUUCAUCGCGGACUUACUGAAGAAGGAAGAGGCUACCCCAGAGAUACAGAGAUGUAUACAAGAGCAAGAUGAAGGCUGCCAGGAUUUUGUUGAUCGAAUGAUUGACGAUUGUCGAGAAUUUGGCAUCGACUCGCACCGGUCUUAUUGGGUUGCCUUUCGACGAGUCCGGGCAAGAUUGGAGAACGAGGCGUUUGAAGAUGACCAAGCCAUUCCAUCAUGGGAAUGCCUAUGUCGAUGGACUUGGUAA